AUACAAAAAGGAGAUUAGUAUCAGUGUGAGAAAUUAUAGACAAGAAGACAAACCAUUUUAACAAAUAACACAAGUGUAAGUUGGGCAAAUAGUGUGUGUUAGCCUACAAAAUGAACGGCAGUUAGUGAGACCUGGUGGAUAAAGAGUUAAAAAUGAAACCAAAGCCGGAGAUAUUCAUAACGAAAGUGAAAGGUGAAUGUGUUUUUGCGCAGUCACACUGCAGACUCUGAAGAAAACAGUCGAGUAAACAGUGCAAAGCUGCAAAGCUGAAACAAUUUGACACUGAGUAGCUUGCCUUUUUUUUUUUUAAAGCUAUUUUGAAACAGACAGACAGAAGCAGCUGUUAAAAAGUUUUUUUCUAGUAAUCAGAUAACAUGGACAGAAAGCCGAAUCAACAGAAUGGCAGUGAAGCAAAUCAGCCACUCAUAGAAGAGUCAAGGUCAGACACCAGCACAUCAGAUGAGUCACAGCCGAGCACGACUUCUGAAAGUGAAAAUGUUAACCCCUCUAAGAACAAGGAGAACCAUGAUGGCCAAAAAGAACAAAAAACCUCCGAAGAUGACGCUGUUGGCACAUCCAGUGCCUGUGCACAUGAGUUGCAACAAGUAGAACCAGGGAAGAUUACAGACAUAUUUUCAGGAAAUAAGUUUUUUGUUCUUCUCUCUGGAAAUACAUUAAGUGCCCAUACGAAAAUCGUGGAUCAUCUUAAAAACCAAAGACCAGAUCUGCAGGAAGUGCAAACAGUGGAUGAGUGUGAUUUCGUUCUGGUUUUCUGUCCUGUUGUUUCGCGAGCUGGAACUGACAUUGAAGCAGCAGUGGGAAAGCUUCAGAAUGCUGCAGGUACCAAACCUGCUGUACUAGUGGUGCUCCAUCACACAUUUGAACCAGAGUGUGUUGUACCAGACAGCAGCAGUGCUGUGACCAGAAAGAAUUCAAUCACAGUAGACUGUCUGUUCCAUGAAGAUAAGGGAUUACUGCAGUGCCAUAAAAAUGAUGAAUCACUGGCCAGAAUUACAAACAUUAUAAAAUCCCAGGCAUCAAAAGAAAAUGGUUCUUCCUGGUCAGAAUACGUGUGGUCAUGGAAUCCCUGGUCACGUUCAGCCCCAGAGGAAAAACAAUGUGGAAAGGAAGAAGUGAAGGAACAAGGUCCCAAGACAAGUGAACAUGAAGACAUAUUUUCAGGAAAUAAGUUUUUGGUCCUUCUCUUUGGAAAUACAUUCGAUGCUCAUAAGAAAAUCGUGGAUCAUCUUAAAAACCAAAGACCAGAUCUGCAGGAGGUGCAAACAGUGGAUGAGUGUGAUUUCAUUCUGGUUUUCUGUCCUGUUGUUUCGCGAGCUGGAACUGACAUUGAAGCAGCAGUGAAAAAGCUUCAGAAUGCUGCAGGUACCAAACCUGCUGUACUAGUGGUGCUCCAUCACACGUUUGAUCCAGACUGUGUUGUACCAGACAGCAGCAGAGUUGUAACCAGAAAGAAUUCAAUCACAGUAGACUGUCUGUUCCAUGAAGAUCAGAGAUUACUGCAGUGCCAUAAAAAUGAUGAAUCACUGGCCAGAAUUACAAACAUUAUAAAAUCCCAGGCAUCAAAAGAAAAUGGUUCUUCCUUGUCAGAAUACGUGUGGUCAUGGAAUCCCUGGUCACGUUCAGCCCCAGAGGAAAAACAACAAUGUGGAAAGGAAGAAGUGAAGGAACAAGGUCCAAAGACAAGUGAAUAUGAAGGACAGUCAACUGAAACAGGUCAUAAGCUGAAAGAAAGUGAGGAUGAAGAAGAGUGGGAGCAAAUAUCCCAUUCAGAGCUGUCAGAAAAUCAACUCGGAAACAUAUCUCAAAUGCUUUCAGGGAAAAAGUGUUUCAUUCUUCUAAUUGGAAAUACACUGAAUUCUGAAGAGACCUUCAUAGACCAUUUUAAAAACCAAAUACCAGGUCUUCAGGAAGUGGUUGCAGUAGAUGAGUGUGAUUUCAUUCUAGCUUUCUGCCCUGUUGUUUCACAAGAUGAAACUAACAUUGAAGUAGCAGUGAAAAAGCUUCAGGAAACUUCAGAUACCAAGCCGGCUAUUCUGGUGGUACUUCAUCAUACAACUGAGACAGAGUGUGUUGUACAAGACAGCAGAAGAGCUGUAAACAGAGAGAAUACAGUCAUAGUCAACUGUCUGCUCCAUAAAGAUCAGGGAUUAUUGCCACGCAAUGAGGAAUCGACAGGUGCUCUGUGCAAAAAGAUAACCCAGAUGCUUUUGGUGGCACGUAAAAACAUCUGGCUUUUAAUAAUAUUUUCAGGUUUACAAAAAUUAUUUUCAUUAACUUCAUUACUAAAAUCCCAGCCUGAUGCAGCCAACCAGGAACAAGAACAACACGAAGAACAAGCAGUUUUACAGAUAGAGAAUGGAGAAGCUCGAGUUGCUGAUUCUGGUGAAGAGUGGAGGGUGUAGCUGCCCACCAGAGUAAGAGCUCAUGGGGAAGGUGACUGUGGUGGACACAAAAUGUGGGAUGCUGUAAAUUUGCUGAGGACCACAGACCUUUCUCCUUGUCAUACCAGUAAAACAGCCAACUGGAGAAAUGAGCUUAAGAAUAUUCAAUUCUAAUUUCUCUUUUUUCCCUUUUUUGACUUAUUCUGUAGUUAUUGACCUGCAGAGAUAAAAUUUCUUGUCUCAACACUGUUUAAACGCUAUUUAUUUUUGAUCUCCUAGUCAAGUAUUGUUCCUCCUGCCUAAUAGCAUAUAAUCUACAAAUAUAGUAUUAGCAUAUCAGUAUUUGUAAAUGUAUAAUCACAUUAUUGCAACAAGUCACCAUUAUUACUCUUGCAGUGCAUUAGCAUAUAUAUUUCUAUACAAUAUAUAUCUACAGUAUACAUAUAUCUAUAGCUAUCUAUAUCUAUCUACAGUCAUGUAAACAAUCCUUCUCACUGUAGAAUGGUGAAUUGUAAAUUGUUUGGACAUGACCUUAUAACUUUUCCCAGAUUGAUGAGCAUGGCUGAUGUCUUUUCUUCCUGGCAUGAUGUAGACACACACCUGAGUGCUCCAGAUCACCAAACUGUCAAAAGUUCUGCUUUUAUAGAGGUAGUCACACUUGAUUAACUAAUCUUGUGUAUUUCAUUUGUAACACCUGGCUACUAAUUACUCUCUUAAUGAUUCUGUAAGUAGGAAGGGUGUACUUAUUUUUUCCCACCUGGUUUCUGAGUUGGUUUACUUUUUGGGAAAAAGUAACUACAUAUUGAUGUCUGGUGUGCUUUUUGUUGUCACCUGAGGUUAUUUGUUUAUAUAAGUUGGUGAGGACUACACAAUUGUUAAUUAGGUGCUGACAAAUAAAAACAUAGAAUUGAA